AUGUCCAAGCUCGCUGCACCCCCCGCGCUCAACGCCGAGACGUUCGAUUCUAUCGAGUCGGAGAAGGAGCUGGCGUACAAGCAGAAGGCGCUCAAGGUGCAAGGUGCAUCUCUACUGGCGCUUGCCUUCUCGACUUUGGGUAUCAUCUACUCUGAUAUCGGUACCUCCCCGCUGUACGUCUUGAACGGAAUCUGGCCUUCCAGCGGCGAGGCGCCGUCCGAGGAGGACGUGAUUGGCGGUAUCUCGGCCAUCAUCUGGGCCAUCACCCUGAUCCCCCUUGUCAAAUAUGUCGGCUUCGCUCUCGAAUUCGGAAACGACGUAGGCGAAGGCGGACCCUUUGCUCUCUUCACCAAGCUCUUCCCUCGCGUCGAGCCGGACGACGGACGGUCCCUCACGACCUUCUCGGUCGGGCACUCGCGCGUCCAGGUGACCAGGCUGCACAAGCUCCGCACGUUUAGAUGGCCCCUCCUGUGCUGGACUCUGCUAGGGACCGGUCUGACCUUGUCGGACGGUAUCUUGACACCCGCCGUUUCCGUGACUUCCGCGGUGGGAGGCUUGGCCGUUGCGCAGCCCAGCGUCAUCAGCUCAGUCGUUCCCAUAUCCAUCGCAUUCCUGCUCGUCCUCUUCGGUAUCCAGCCCCUCGGCACGCGCAGACUCAGUCUCGCCAUGGCGCCAAUCACGUUCAUCUGGCUCCUCCUCCUCGGCUCUACCGGUAUCUACAACAUCACCACCUAUCCCGGUAUAAUGCGCGCGCUCGACCCGUCUCGCGCGAUCAUGUGGUUCGUCCGGACAGGACAGUACGACUAUCUCGCCGGUGUCUUGUUGGCGAUCACCGGAUGUGAAGCGAUGUUUGCCAAUCUCGGACAAUUCAACAAGGCCUCUAUUCGAAUCGGCUUUGGGUGCAUCGCCUACCCGAUGCUACUUCUGGCUUACUUGGGCCAAGGAGCGCGCCUGAUCACCUCGCCAGAAGUCAUCGGCUCAGUCUUCUAUAUGACGAUCCCUGGUAAUGUCGGCGGGCCGCUGUACUGGGUCGUCUUCGUCUUCGCCAUUCUCGCCACUCUGAUUGCCUCGCAAGCCAUGAUCACGGCGACCUUCUCCCUCGUCCACCAGCUUAUUGGCCAACACGCUUUCCCCUCGCUUCGUGUCAAGCAUACCAGCUCGUUGACAGCCGGCCAGAUCUACAUUGGACCCAUCAACUGGCUGCUCAUGAUUGCUACGAUCGCUGUUGUUGGCGGUUUCGGCUCAUCCACUGCCUUGACCCUGGCGUAUGGAUUCGCCGUGUCCACCGUGCUGUUCAUCACUACUACUCUCAUCAGUCUCUCGAUCCCCUUCGUCCGGAUGCUUCCCUACGUUUUCGGUGUCGCCUUCCUCCUUUUCUUCGGAUUCCUCGAUGGACUGUUCUGGGGAGCGGCGCUCACCAAGGUGCCUCUCGGAGGAUGGUUCCCGCUCGCUCUGGGUGGAUCACUUGCCGUGCUCAUGUCGGUCUGGGCGUGGUGCAGACAGCUGGAGGACAAGUUUGAGCAAAACAACCAUGUCAAUCUCCGCUCAGUCCUCUCGCAGUACCAGGGACCGGUCGACACCACCCAUAUUCUCACUUCGAUCAAGGACGAGAUGGCGCUCUCGACCUCGCAGGCAGUGAUGCUGAAGCAGUCGGACGAUAGCGACCAGCAGCUCCCGCGGAUCCCGAUCACAGCCAUCUUCUACCGUAACGACUCGGCGGCCAAAGGUGUUCCCCACUCCUUUGUCACGUUCUUGCGCCGGUACCCUGCCCUGCCGCAGGUCGUAAUCUUCAUGACCGUCAUCGGAUACGGUGUCGCGCAUGUACCUGAUCACGACCGCUAUGUCGUCCGCAAGGUCCGGGCUGUCGACGGCUUUUACACAGUAACCAUGCGUCAAGGCUACUUGGACCGGGAUCUACCGGACGUAAAUGCCAUCCUUCCCGAAAUCACUUCGAUUGAGACCCACCUCCAGCCCUCCUCCUCGACGUUCAUCGCCCAGCUCCACACCGCUGCUGGUAAUGUCACCCACAUUUUGCCCUCUUACACCAUCAUCGGCCGCUCCGUCAACAACAGGAUCUGGGGCCGGAUCAGGCGGGUCAUCAUCGAAGAGAUAUACAGCCGGGCGAGGGUCGUUUUCCCGGACCAGCUGCACGCCGAGCACCCCGCUGACGACUCGACGAUCCGCGUUGCCGUGCCGGCGCUCAUAUAA